UUUUGUCUGAACUCUUAUUUUGCUGUCUUCAACCCCAAAUCCCAGACAAAGUUCAAAAUCAAUACUCCCUCAGUUCCCACUUAAAGAAGAAUGGAUGAGAUGUUCUUCCAGUUUUCUUCCAAUUCCGACCCUCAAAACACAAUUCCACAGGAUGAGAUUUUGGAUUUUGUUCCCAUGGGUGGCAGCAGUAGAGGCCGGCAACGAAGAUUAUUGGCCAGUGAGAAGAGAAAAGACAGUCAUGAUGAUGAUGAUAAGAAGAAGUCGAUGCAUAGGGAUAUUGAGAGGCAAAGAAGGCAAGGAAUGUCCACCCUUUGUGCUUCUCUCCGAACCCUUCUCCCUCUAGAGUACAUCAAGGGAAAGCGUGCAAUAUCGGAUCAUAUGAACGGAGCAGUGAGCUAUAUAAAGGACCUGCAGAAGAGGAUCGACGAACUGAGUGCGAAAAGAGAUGAGUUAAAGAAAGUAUCGUUUGAUUCGACUUCGAGUGGUUUUCACCAAGGGACGAGCUCCAACGAGUCUUUCCCAAGCACUGCCGUCGUUCGGAAAUCGUUGGACGGUGUUGAUGUUGUGGUCAGAACCGGUCAUGGUGCUCAAGCUUUGACCCUCUCGAGGGUGGUCCAGCUGCUGCUUGACGAAGGACUUGAUGCUGUUAAUUGUAUCUCCACACGGAUUGAUGGAGGACUAAUUCACACCAUAAGACUUGAGGUUAAUGAUCUGAGAGGCGUUGAUGUACCUUAUCUGCAGAAAAAAGUAAAUGAAGAAAUUUCAUCCUUGCUCGAACUCCCCAGCUAGAUUAAACCAUGCUUC